UGUUUUUAACAGGAAUAUGAUGACACUUUCUGAUUUCAAAAGAUUGUGAUUAGUACAUUCAUUAAGGAGUUACUUCAGUUGUCUACAGAAAGUGAACUUGGUUGAGAUCCUGUAAUACAGGCAUGGCAUAACUGUGAGCAUCUCUCUGGUAUCUGUUUGAAGAGGACACUGUUGGGGGGCCCAGGUAUUUCUUUUAUAUUUUAUAGUUAUAGAGGUGUCCGGACUCUUGUUAUGGUCAAAGAUUUCCAGUAGAAGAGGAUGAGACAAGGAUUAAAUGCAUGUGGGAGACUCUGGACCUAGUCACUUCAUGCUUUUGAUGCUAGCUGAGAGGGAGCUUGAUAAACACUUUUACCAGCUUUUCAUAGAAAAACCAGAUUUGUGGGUCUGUACUUCCAAACAGAAUUUGUACAGAGAGAAAAUGCUGAAUAUGGCUUGAUUUGCUCUUGAUCUUGGCAGUGUUUCUAAUGAGUGUCCCAUGGACUCUAUCAAGUUCAGGGGGUUCUACUCUAGCACUGAGGAGCAGAACCCUGAGCAGCAACCUGGUAUCAGUGAAAACAUUUCUUCAUCGUUCUCUCCAAAAGAGCAACAGAAAAUGAGUGAUUAUUCUGGACUUGCAAAUAACCAUAGCCAGAUGAUUGCUGAAGACUCAGAAAUUCAGGCAAAGCCUGAACACUCUCAUGAAGUUCUUCAAGAAGAUAUUGAAAUGAGCAGUGGAUCCAGUGGAAAUGACUUUAGUGGAAAUGACACAAAUGAAAACUAUUCGAGUGGGCAUGAUUCUCAUGGCCAUGAAUCUGAUGAAAAUGGGAAAGAGUCAGCAAUGCUCAUGGAAUCUUCAGACUGUCACAAAAGUUCAAGCUCAAAUGCGUUUAGUCUGAUGAUUGCAAACUCUGAACACAAUCAGUCUAGUAGUGGAUGCAGUAGUGAACAGUCCACUAAAGCCAAAACACAAAAGGAAUUGCUGAAAACUUUACAAGAGCUAAAAGCUCACCUUCCUUCUGAAAAGAGAAUUAAAGGCAAAUCUAGUGUCCUAACGACAUUGAAAUAUGCUCUCAAAAGCAUUAAACAAGUUAAAGCCAAUGAGGAAUAUUACCAGCUGUUGAUGAUUAAUGAAUCCCAGCCUGCUGGACUGAAUGUGUCAUCAUACACAGUGGAGGAAGUUGAGACUAUAACCUCAGAAUACAUCAUGAAAAAUGCUGAUAUGUUUGCUGUAGCUGUUUCUUUGAUCACUGGGAAAAUUCUGUACAUCUCUGACCAAGCUGCUUCAAUUCUCCGCUGUAAGAGGGGUUAUUUUAAAAAUGCCAAAUUUGUGGAGUUCUUGGCACCUCAGGAUGUCAGCGUGUUCUAUACUUCUACUACACCCUACAGGUUACCAUCAUGGAAUAUUUGCAAUAGAGCUGAGUCUUCCACACAGGACUGCAUGGAAGAGAAAUCGUUUUUCUGUCGCAUCAGUGCGGGAAAGGAGCGUGAAAAUGAGAUUUGCUAUCACCCAUUUCGGAUGACUCCUUACCUUAUCAAAGUACAAGAUCCAGAACUAGCAGAGGACCAGCUUUGCUGUGUGUUGCUUGCAGAAAAAGUACAUUCUGGUUAUGAAGCACCCAGAAUUCCUCCUGACAAAAGAAUUUUUACGACUACGCACACACCAACUUGUUUGUUCCAGGAUGUAGAUGAAAGGGCAGUACCUCUGUUGGGAUACCUACCUCAGGACUUAAUAGGAACACCGGUUUUGGUGCAUCUCCACCCAAAUGACAGACCCUUAAUGCUAGCAAUUCACAAGAAAAUACUUCAGUAUGGAGGACAGCCUUUCGACUAUUCGCCUAUCAGGUUUUGCACCAGGAAUGGAGAUUAUAUAACCAUGGACACUAGCUGGUCCAGUUUCAUCAACCCUUGGAGUCGAAAAGUUUCAUUUAUUAUUGGAAGACACAAAGUUAGAACGGGUCCCCUAAAUGAAGAUGUCUUUGCUGCUCCCAACUAUACAGAGGAUAGAAUCCUUCAUCCCAGCGUUCAGGAGAUUACUGAGCAAAUAUACCGGCUGUUAUUGCAGCCUGUACACAACAGUGGAUCCAGUGGCUAUGGAAGUCUAGGUAGCAAUGGUUCACAUGAGCACUUAAUGAGUGUGGCAUCCUCCAGUGACAGCACAGGAAAUAACAAUGAAGACGCUCAUAAGGACAAACCAGAGGUUCGUCAAGAUGUCCGUAAGGCCAAAAAUAAAGGACAGCGUAUUUUCACCGACAAUAAAGCAAAACUGGAACACAAGAGAGAGCCUUCUGCAGAAAAACAAAGUGGUCCUGGUGGUCAGGUGAAAGAUGUAGUGGGAAAGGAUACUACAGUAACAACUGCUCCUAAAAAUGUGGCUACUGAAGAGUUGGCUUGGAAAGAACAACCUGUAUAUUCUUACCAACAGAUUAGCUGUUUGGACAGUGUCAUCAGGUACUUGGAGAGCUGUAACGUGCCUGGCACAGCAAAAAGAAAAUGCGAACCUUCAUCGAGUGUUGCAUCACUUGAUUCUGAAGUUCAUGAACAAAAACCAGCUGACAGUGCUAUACAGCCUUUGGGAGAUCCUGCUGUGUUGAAGGCAUCUGGUAAAUCAAAUGGUCCCCCUGUGGUUGGUGCUCACUUAACAUCUUUGGCUUUACCUGGCAAGCCUGAAAGUGUUGUCUCUCUCACAAGUCAGUGCAGCUACAGUAGCACCAUUGUUCAUGUUGGAGACAAAAAAACACAACCUGAAUUAGAAAUGAUAGAAGAUGGUCCAAGUGGAGCAGAACUCUUAGAUGGCCAACUUCUUGCCCCUCCAUCCACCUCAGCACAUGUAAAUCAAGAAAAGGAGCCAUUUAAAAAACUGGGGCUCACAAAGGAAGUCCUUGCAGUGCAUACACAAAAAGAGGAACAGAGCUUUUUGAAUAAGUUUAAAGAAAUUAAGAGAUUCAAUAUUUUUCAGUCCCACUGCAAUCACUACCUGCAAGAUAAACCCAAAGGACGGCCUGGUGAACGUGGUGGCCGUGGACAAAGAAAUGGCACCUCUGGCAUGGAUCAGCCUUGGAAGAAAAGUGGAAAGAACAGGAAAUCAAAGCGCAUUAAACCACAAGAGUCUUCAGACAGUACAACUUCUGGAACUAAAUUCCCCCAUAGGUUCCCUCUUCAGGGUUUGAAUGCUACUGCUUGGUCACCAUCAGACACUUCACAAGCCAGCUAUUCAGCAAUGUCUUUUCCCACCGUUAUGCCUGCAUAUCCACUUCCUGUUUUUCCAGCAGCAGGAACUGUGCCACCAGCUCCUGAGACUCCGCUGUCUGGUUUUAAUCAGCUGCCAGACUCUGGAAAUACUUGCCCUGUGCAACCAUCCCAGUUCUCUGCACCCCUCAUGACGCCUCUUGUAGCUCUUGUGCUCCCCAACUAUGUCUACCCAGAGAUGAACAGUAACUUACCUCAAACGCUUUACCACACCCAACCCAACUUCCCCGCCCAUUCCACUUUUCCUUCACAGACAGUAUUUCCAACCCAGCCUCCAUUUGCUACACCCAGCCCUUUCCCACAACAGGCGUUUUUUCCAACGCAGCCAUUCCACUAUAAUGCACCAGCAGAGAGUGAAAAGGCUCCUGUCACAGAGACUCGAAAUGAGCCAUCCCGUUCCUGCACUCCACAAUCAUUGGGUCCUCGGGACCAGGCUUCUCCGCCUCUGUUCCAGUCAAGGUGCAGUUCUCCGCUGAAUCUUCUACAGCUAGAGGAAACCACAAAAACUGCUGAAAGUGGAGCUCCUGCGGGUUUACACACAACUUUAAGUGAGGAAGGAGCCAUAGCCAAAAUCAUGACAACUGAUGACUGUAGUGGAAAGGAAUCCAUACCAGCUGAAUCUCCAAUGGAUGCUCAAAAUAGUGAUGCACUCUCCAUGUCUAGUGUCCUGCUUGACAUUUUACUUCAAGAAGAUGCAUGUUCAGGCACUGGUUCGGCUUCUUCAGGUAGUGGUGUGUCUGCAGCUGCUGAGUCUCUGGGGUCUGGAUCCAAUGGCUGUGGCAUGUCAGGGAGCAGAACAGGUAGUAGUGAAACUAGUCAUACCAGCAAAUACUUUGGGAGCAUAGAUUCCUCAGAAAAUCAUCAUAAAACCAAAAUGAAGGCAGAAAUGGAAGAAAGUGAGCACUUCAUAAAGUAUGUUCUUCAGGAUCCUAUAUGGCUUUUGAUGGCAAACACAGAUGACACCGUUAUGAUGACUUACCAGAUACCUUCACGAGAUUUGGAAACAGUUUUAAAAGAAGAUAAGCAGAAGUUAAAGCAAAUGCAGAAACUACAGCCAAAAUUUACAGAAGAACAAAAAAGAGAGCUCAUUGAAGUUCAUCCAUGGAUCCAGCAAGGUGGACUGCCAAAAACUGUUGCUAAUUCUGAAUGUAUUUUUUGUGAGGACAAUAUACAGAGCAAUUUUUAUACAUCAUAUGAUGAAGAAAUCCAUGAAAUGGACCUUAAUGAAAUGAUUGAAGAGAGUGGAGAAAACAACUUGGUCUCCCUGAGUCAAGUCAGUGAAGAACAAACAUAGCCUUUGAGCCUGUUGUUUUAAAAGCUGCUUCAAAACUACAGCGAUGAUCCACAAAGGUUUUACUCUUGAAUCCAGCAAGAUGAAUCCAGUUCAUAAACACAAAUGUGUUUUUCUUGCUCUGGAAGAGUCCUUCGUGAAUGAAUCUCUUUUUAAAUGGUGGCAAUCUCUUCCCAGUAAGGACAUUGUUGAAGAUGGUAUAGCUUUUCUUUAAAAAAAAAAAGACAGACUUCUAUUUUGCACUUACAUGCCUCAAGUAUUUCUUUAUGAACUAUAGAAACUUUCCAUUGAUGCCUACUGUUUUUUCUAGAGUGGGUUCAUGAGUACUGAAAAUCCCCUUACGUACAUAUGGUUCUUCAAAUCUCCUUUUGGCAAUGAUUCAGUGUAUAAAUUGUUCUAGCAGUUUUGCCUAGUGGCCCUUCAGCAUUGUUCUAAUAUUUGAAGUGGUUCAGCAUAGUAGAAGAAAUAACCUUCAAGCAAAUCAAUUUUCACUUGCCCUUCUCAUACCAGCUGAUCCCAUCCUCUUUGUUUAUGUCAUACAGUUUUGAAUGUAAGAACCCUUUUUGUUCUGAGAAAUGAGGAACUGAUUUUGUAUGAUGGUCUUGAGUUAAAAUACUAUGUGAAGGUGUAAGACCAUAUGGAGGAGUGCUGACAGCCUUGUAGCCUCCUAUUUAACUGGACACUGCAAUACUAUGAACUGUUUGUUACCUUGAAACAUAAUUUCUGAGAAUUUAUACACGAGAGAUCUUUAUGUUUAAAAGAUUUGAAAAACUAAGGCCACAGAGGAUGAUUGAGUGUGCUCCAGUGACUGUUAGACAAGGUUUGGUAUAACUUAACCUUUCUUCCUGGUUUGUACUGUCAGUGGGUUGGCCACUAGUUUUUCCUGUGUUGCUAAACAAAUGUCAAACCUUGUAUGUGACAAGAGGGGAUUGGGUGUUUCUUGUCAAUUGAAGAUAGUUCUUGAAGUGAUUUUGAGAACAGCAUUGACUUUCACUAUAUUUGAAUUGCAUAAUCUAAGACUUAAUGUGGCUGGAAUCUUCUGCUGUCAAGGAUUUAAUUUUAAUGCCUCUGAGAUUGUGUUGACUUGAAUAUGUGUACUUUCUGUUCUUGUGCUGUUUAUAUGUGUUGGAUGUGGGAAAAGAACACAAAGGAGCAACUCUGCUAUAUUGAUUAGUUGAAAGGACAUUCGGGUGCAGUAUUGCCAGAUGUCAGCCAUAAGUCUUGAGGUGAAAAAAAGGAGAAAUUCAAUUAACUUUAUUUGUCUUAACAUAUUUUUAAUGGAAAGCAUUUUCUUUUUCAUUAGGAUAACAUUUCUAUUCACUGAAAUUUGAGGUGAUUUUCAUUCUAUAGAAGUACUCCUCUUUGCAUACAAAGGGGAUGUGAAGUCAGGUCUGACACCACCAUACACACGCAGAAGUGAUUGGUAUUUGCUCAGUGGAAGAAAUCAUUUGUGUGAAGUAAUUGGUUAUUAAUUGGACAGUGUCUCGAGGAAGCUUGCAUUGGAGACAGGUUCUGCAGGUAGUGUGUGAACUUGUGAAACAAGUAGAAUCACAAAUGAAGAAAUAAAUAUCUGAAGUGUAGCGUGAAGCGCAACCCAGCGAGAUGUGGUUCCUGUCUUUAACAGUUUAGCAAGGUCAGACUUAAAUAUCUGUAAAUAUAAACUGAGUGAGACAUACUCAAAUGUGGGUGUCCCAAGUCUGAUGUAUUAAAUGUUUCAAUCAUAAAUGAAGCCAGUGCAGCUAUACCAACGUAUUGAACAUAUUUCAUUUUUACAUGUAAACAGAGAUAAGUUUUAAUUGGACCAGGGUUUGGGAAAAAUAAAAGCUUUAUAUAAAGGAGUGCAUCAUAAGCAUACAAAUUAUUUUCAGGGACUUCUCAAAUACUUCAAACUUCUUUGCUUUUAGCAUGCUUUUUUUUUUUUAAAGAAA